AUGAAGGUGCAUCGUGAAUUUUAUUUAGAAUUUAGUGCUGACCCGCAGGCCUUCAUUUCGCGCUGGCUGGCCAGUCAGUGUCGCGAUCUUCGCGUCAUGACCGAUGCCAUUCCAGGCCACCCGGAAGAAGAGAGGCGAUCGGAGUUCUAUUAUGCCCCUUGGAUGCAGGAGGCUGUGAUGCGGUACUUCUAUAACAGGGUAAACCUAGCCAAAAUAUUUUUUGCAUAUUCUAUUUUUUACUUGCUUACUUGA